AUGAUAUUUCUGAGUCAAGCUAUUCGUUUAUUUCAAAUAAGACAUUUAGUCUCGAUCUUAAUGAUUUUAUUUCGUUUAGCACUGCGUAUAUCUACUUAAGUAUGUUCUCAUUUUAUAUUUUCGCAAGUUUUUUUUAUAGGUAAUCUGAGAAAUUCUUUAGAUUGCAGGAAAAUUUGGGGUCGUUAAAGGCAGCUUCCAAGCUUUCUAUGCAUAUUUUUAACUAACCAAUUAUGUCCAAGUAAGCACUGUGAAGGUUAUAUGCCCUGUAUUGCAAAUUAGAGUGAGCUUAAGUGCAUCCCAUUUUCAAUUAAUAGAUAGUGUUUAUUGAUGAUUAGAUUGAUACUGUUUUAUGCAAAUAAUAAUAAUUAUGAAAUUUUAAUUAAGCUUGAUCAAGUUAUUUAAAAAGAUUUCGUUUGA